GAGCUAGCGGUCAUACCAAGAAGGCAACGUGCAACUCGUCGUCACAUGUGACUUCCCUGCUCCUUUUCCUGCUCUUUCCUCGUAAAAUACUUUUCAUCUCAAUUUCAAACUAUCGCUCGCUAGUUCUAUGGCUGCAUCUGAACAAAGCCCCGCGUUCAACAUGGACGACCAAGUUACGGACGGCAAACCUAGCGUUUCGGGGCACAAGAAGAGUGGUAGCAGUUCUUCGUUGCGUAAUGCAGAGGGCUGGGAUGGAAAACUACGCGUGGAGAAGAAGCAGGCCGUGCUGGUCAAUCCAGAGGUACUUGAAGGAAUAAGCGAGCCCGAAGAGUCUGACGAGGAAGAUCCGCUCGUGGAGAAGAUCGAGGCAGAUGAAGAUCUGACAGCCGAUAUCGAAGAUGAUGCAGAAGAGAUCGACCUAGUACACUGCCGUAUACAGUCAAUCGAGGCCCUCAAGCUUCACCGCUUCACGGCGCUGCGACGUCUAUGUCUACGGCAGAACCAGAUCACCAACACAGAGGGUGUGUUUCCUUCGAAUCUCGCAUCCACAUUGACGGAGCUCGACUUGUAUGACAAUCUCAUCUCACAUAUUCGAGGAUUUGAGGAGUUGCGAGAACUUACGAUCCUCGACUUAAGCUUCAACAAGAUCAAACACAUCAAGCGAAUACAGAACCUCAAGAAGCUUACAGACUUGUACUUCGUUCAGAAUAAGAUUUCGACCAUAGAAGGAUUGGACGGACUUGAUUGUUUAAGGAACCUGGAGUUGGGUGGAAAUCGAAUAAGGGAGAUUCAGGGCCUGGAUACAUUAUCGAACCUGAGGGAGCUGUGGCUGGGCAAGAACAAGAUUACCGAAAUCAAGGGUCUCGACAGUCUCACGAACCUUACCAUACUCUCCAUCCAAGCAAACCGCAUUCGUUCGAUAACAGGACUCGAAAAACUUGUCAACCUCGAGCAACUGCACAUUUCCAAUAACGCGUUGACGUCCAUAUCCGGUCUCGCUCACAAUACCAAGUUGCAGGUUAUCGACGUGUCUUCCAAUCCCAUUGAGCGGCUCGAAGGUCUAGAGACGCUUUCGGAACUUGAGGAAUUUUGGGCCAGUUGGUGCAAGAUCAGCAGCUUCGAGGAGGUGGAGAAACAGUUGGGAGAUAAAGAAAAUCUGAACACGGUAUAUUUUGAGGGAAACCCGCUGCAAACUAGAGGACCGGUAUUGUACAGGAAUAAAAUAAGGUUGGCACUACCAAGAGUCAAGCAGAUUGACGCGACAUUUGUGAAGGUUGAAUAAAUGGAAGCCAUGGAACGUGUGUAUGAUCAUUAUGCAAAGAGCUUGGGGUUUCGCAUGAAAAGUUAUGACUGCAUAGCAUGGCGCUUCACGAUAUUGGAAUCUUCAUGAGGCUCUCUCGGGCAUAUGACAAGAAAUGAAACAGCGUGAUCGGAAAACGAUCUUCUCACUAUCCUCUAUUACGACGAUAAUCUGUUAUGAGCUCAUAUCAUAUUUGCAGGGGAGAUCUUCGACAUCAGUGCUGAUCGCAACCCUGGUCGACAAGACA